CUGCGCAGGCGCACACCGAGAGCCACUUCCGGAACAAGCGUCGCGUUUCUCAGGAGAAACUCUUGUUGAGAAUUCCCAGAGUGAUAAUGGCUACCUACAGCCUGGCGAACGAGAGACUACGCGCUCUGGAAGACAUUGAACGGGAAAUCGGCGCCAUCCUUCAGAAUGCAGGUACUGUGAUCCUAGAAUUGUCCAAGGAAAAAACUAACGAGCGGCUCCUAGACCGGCAGGCGGCGGCCUUCACCGCUUCAGUGCAACACGUGGAGGCGGAGCUGUCAGCUCAGAUCCGCUACCUCACCCAGGUGGCCACAGGGCAGCCCCAUGAGGGCUCCAGCUACUCUUCGAGGAAGGACUGUCAGAUGGCUCUGAAGCGAGUGGACUAUGCCCGCCUCAAGCUCAGUGAUGUGGCUCGAACCUGUGAGCAGAUGCUGGAGAACUAGGCCAGGGAGAUGGACCCAGAGCUGAGAGGGAGACCAUCACCUGUGCCAUGGGACAGAACCUGGGAACAUGUAGUGUGGGGAGUAUGAGCACCAACAUACCCUGCUGGUCAAAGUACCCUAGGACAAAGGGGCAAAUGGUGGGCAUGGAAAAACUGAAGCCCGAGCCUGCCCACAGCUAUGCCCUGGCCUCUCCAGCAGGGUGCUCCUGCUCUGCACUCCAGAAACACCCUGACAGGCUCAGAGAGGAGAUGGAAACUGACAUACCCAACCCACUUCCUCAAACACUUCAUGCUGCUGCCCCAGGCUUCCCGCAGACUUGGCCUAACGAAGAUACAUACUUCUUCAUUCAGAGAGACAAAACAAGAACUAGAGUUUUAAUAAUAAUAAAAGCAAUAACAAUAAAAACAA